GGUACAACAAGCAGCAAAUCAAUUGACAGAUCGGAGAGAAAGUGAUGGAAGCAAAAAUGAAAAGUGGCCUUGGUGUGCUUGGGUUCCAUAGGCCUUGGUCAUCCUUUUUUUUUCUGUAUCUUGUGAAGCCAUUUUUUUGUAUCGCCAUCCGUCUUUUACUCCAUCCUUUCUCUUUAUCAUCACGAGCGUUUCUGCGUAGGACAUCAUGCGUCUCUUCACUUAUGAUGCAAAAAGAAGACUUUUCUGGUUGAAUAAUUCCCUCAAAUUCUACGUGGUUUUCGAUCGAGUUGACAUCUUACGAAGAAGCUUCAAUGAAGAUUGGAAAGACGAGGCGUUUCUUGAUCAAUGUUGCUUAACGCACUUUGGCCGAUGAUUCUCUAUCACCAGUCCCAUCAUUUGGGUAAUAUCCCCUUCCAUCAUUUUCUGAUGGAUACUCCUUCUUUUCUUUUUCUUGUACGCUGAUCGAAUAUAGCUCUCAAGUUUCCUUUUCCUCUCGCUGCGUUGGGAGUAUCGCUGCGAUUAGAGUGGCUCAUCUCCACGGUGCUUUAAACCCUUGAUGGGGCUCGUGCACCGUAGGCCUUCAUUCUUUUGUCAUGCUUC